AUGAGCGAACAUAAAGAACAAAAAGAUGCGCCCAGCACCACCAAAGAACCAGGCACUGGCCCUGGCCGUCGAAAAACAGUGCGUAAGGGCAUGUUUGCCAAAGAUUUGAAACUAUUAAUGUACGGUUUUGGAGACGUUUCAAAUCCGGCUUCAGAUUCAGUUGCUGUCAUGGACGAUUUGGUUAUUAAUUACAUUACCGAAAUGUGUCAAGAAGCAGCUAAAGUAGCAGAGCACCGCGGCAAAGUACGUGUUGAGGAUUUUAAAUACGUUUUACGAAAGGACAAAAAGAAGAUCGGUCGUGUCGAGGAGCUACUGUACAUGAAUGACGAUAUUCGACGAGCGAAGCAGCUGUUUGACGAGAAGGAAAUGGAUCCAGCGGAUGAAGUAGCGUAA